UCAAAACCCCAAAGCCAAAGCGUACCCCAUCCGAACUCUCCUUCUUCACCUCCACCUUCCGCCAUGUCCGACUCCACUUUCCUGGCAACAGACUUCCUUCCUGCAGACCCCAAUUUCAACCCUAAUCCGAUGCUCAAUUAUAAUUAUUUAGUGGAUUAUCAUGGCCAGCAGGAGUUCGAACUUUCUGAUUAUCUGGCUCUCGAAGACGGAUCGGAAGAAGAUUCGACGUCAAACCACCUUAUCGGAUGUCACUCGGCGAACCCAGUUUUGCCGGAAAAGAUUAUCGAUGGCUCAGUCCGGUACACCGACGACUCGGUUCGGAACGUGGCACCGACACCCAGAAGUAGUAGCAUAAAAUGCAAAGGUGGGCUGAAGAAAAUUAAGACGGAUGCAGGCUUCAGGAUUGCAUUUAGAACCAAAUCCGAGCUUGAAAUCAUGGAUGAUGGAUUCAAGUGGAGGAAAUACGGGAAGAAGACGGUCAAGAACAGUCCAAAUCCGAGGAAUUACUAUCGUUGCUCAAGUGGAGGGUGCAAUGUGAAGAAGAGAGUGGAGAGGGACCGAGAAGAUUCGAGCUACGUGAUAACGACUUAUGAGGGUGUCCACAACCAUGAAAGCCCGUGUGUGGUUUACUACAAUGAAAUGCCGCUAAUGGUUCCUAGUGGCUGGACUCUGCAAGCUUCGAAUUCAUCUUCCUCUUGAAGCUGCUCGCAUUAAUCAGAUUCUAACGACGAUGGGGACACAGUGGGAAGGCAGUGAUGUAAAGUAAUUAAUGUUGUAUCUGUAGCUAGUAACAUAAGAUUCUUAUAUCUAAUAAAACAUUAUAUUUGGUCUUUA